CAUUCGGGAGGGUUGACAACGUACGGAGUGAAGAAUCCGCCUUUGUUCGCGCCUUAGUCGCGUAGCACGUAUUUUCAGGACGACAAUUUUCACCCGAACUCUCGUGGACCGUCAGCAGUAAGUUUCUUAUUCAUCAUGUUUCACGUGCGUCCUCCAGAGCCAUUAACGAAAGAUGGUGAUAUAGCCAGCAACUGGCAAAGCUGGAAAGAAUGUUUUAAUUCAUUUAUGAGAUUAAGUGGAUAUAUCGAUGAAUCGAGUGAAAGACGUGCAGAUCGUUUAAAAAAUCUAAUUGGAAGAGUUGGUAUUGAGGCGAUACAAAAUAUAUCUUUCGAUAAUAUUCAAGACAAAGAUGAUAUGGACAUAUUGAUUGCGAAGCUGGAGGAAUAUUUUAAUCCGCCGAAAAAGGAGGUGGUUGAACGGUACCAGUUUUUUACAAGAUCAAAGAAGCAAAAUGAGUCCAUUGAGCAGUAUAUUAAUAGUUUGAGAGAAAAAGCUCAAACUUGCAAUUUUAACGAUAUGGCAGAUAGUAUCGUACGGGACAAAGUCGUUCUGGACACUCACGACAAAAUACUACGUACUAAGCUUUUUGAAGCAGAUAAUUUAGAUUUGCCGAAACUGGUAAAGAUUUACAAUGAUUACAACAUUAAUGCUGAAAAGAUGAAACAGGUUACUGAAAAAUGUAAAGCGAAGCCCACGGGUGUUUUACAAAAACCACUGGAUAAUAAUGUGAAAAGAUGUUGUUGGAGAUGUCACGAGCAGCAUCCUCAAGGGAAAUGUCCUGCUUGGGGAUCAAAGUGUGGAAGAUGUGGUGAUGUAAAUCACUUUACUCACUGCUGCAAAGAUCCAAAGUUUAAAAUGGAUCAUCAUAAGAAAAAUGACAAAUGGAAUAAUCAAGUAGAUUCCGAUUCAACUAAAAGUGUGGAAAAUCUCGCAAAAAUUAAAAUGGUCAGUCUUCCUGACGUACCAAAAUCUUGUUCGCAAUUCGAUGUUGCAAAGUCAGCUGUCGAGAAUAACUCUGCUUUUGAUUUUGUAAUAGUAAAUGCUAAUACACGUUCAGCAUUAGAUCAUAGUAAUACUGCGAAUCAUUCAGCGCAUUUGCCCAAGAAUACUCAGUACAAUUUCUCGUAUACGAACGCAGUCAAAACAGACAAGAUAGUUACUGAUUUAUAUAACAGAGGUGAAAAUAUUCAACUUAAACCUAAACAGAUGAAAGCACGUAUAGAGACUGCUGGAGAUGUGUCAACCACUUUCAAUAGAGGUGGACAUAUUCAACCUAAACCUAAACCUAAACAGAUGAAAACAGGACGUGUAGCGGCUGCUGUAGAUGUGCCAACCAGUUUUAAUAGAGGUGGUAAUAUUCAACCUAAACAGAUGAGGACAGUACGUGCAGAAGCUGCGAUAGAUGUGCCGUCAGAUGUUUUACAUUGUGCUGCUGAAGCUUCGUUUCAUAACGUAGAAAAGGUGAAAAACGAUCGAAAGGAAAAAGAUGAAAGUUGUGUAUUGUGUUAAAUCUUUCAUUAUAUACUUGAUGAUUAUAUCCUGCAGAGUUGUACUUUAUGUACGCAUACUUGAUAAAACUUUCCAUGUAUCAAUUGCAUUUAUGAAAUACACGUGAUUAUACUUUUUA